GCUUGGCCUGCCCCACUAGCAACUUCAACAAGCAAAGCAAAGAACGAGCAACGAGACCGCAUUUUGGCGCAUCAACAGCCCCACCAUAGGCCAUGCUUUUGCUAGCCACCAAAUGUGUUCCUGAUACAGCUCCCACAUCGAGGUAGCUCCCUACCAGCUGUCUGCCUAGAUCUCCCCCACCGCAGUACCCUCCUUCAUCGUUGACAGACCUCGCCGGGUCCAGAACUAUCAGUCGAGCCCUCGAGGUGCAGGACGUGUAGUAUAAUAUCUGGUCAUGGCGAUGAAUUUUGUGACCUUCAACCAGGACUACAGCUGCCUUGCUGUUGGUACCUCACGCGGAUUCAGGAUAUACCACACGGACCCAUUUGCGAAGAUAUUCAGCAGCGACGAUGGAAAUGUAGCCCUGAUUGAGAUGUUGUUCUCUACAUCACUGGUUGCUCUGAUACUCUCACCGCGGCAUUUAGUCAUACAGAAUACAAAGAGGUCCUCAAUCAUUUGCGAACUCACGUUUCCUUCUGCAGUCCUUGCCGUACGGCUCAAUCGCAAGCGGCUUGCUGUAGUAUUGGAAGAGGAAAUCUACUUGUACGACAUUUCCAACAUGACUCUACUUUACACAAUCGCCACAUCGCCAAAUCCUAACGCCAUAUGUGCGCUGGCUCCCUCGUCUGAGAAUUGCUAUAUUGCAUACCCGCUACCAAAACCGCGGGAGGAUACGGGGGAUAAGCGGCCAUCUCAUGCACCACCCCUCUCGACCUAUGUCGCCCCGACCACAGGAGAGGUCUUAAUAUUCGACACAUUGAAAUUAGAGGCGCUGAAUGUUGUGGAGGCGCAUCGUGCACCGUUGUCCUGCAUUGCCCUGAAUAACGAAGGAACUUUGCUCGCGACAGCUUCAGAAACGGGGACUAUCAUCAGGGUUUUCUCACUGCCCCAAGGAACGAAGCUAUACCAAUUUCGACGGGGCACGUACCCAUCAACUAUCUACAGCAUGUCGUUUAAUUUGAGUUCGACCCUACUUUGUGUUUCAUCGACAACCGAUACAGUUCACAUUUUUCGCUUAGGAGUGCCUGGAACAGCAUUACCAGACUCUCCAAAGUCCUUGAAUGAUAGAUGGAAUCGAUCUCGAAGCUUCGACAGCGGCGUGGAAUCCCCCACUGCAGGAACUUCCCCUGGUAGUGAAAAUACAGAAACUCUUGCUGCUGCGCGGAAAACCAGUGGCUCGUUCGGCAGCAUGAUCAGAAGAUCAUCGCAAAUGAUGGGAAAGAGCGUUGCCGGCGUCGUUGGAGGUUACCUCCCACAAGCGGUUACAGAAAUGUGGGAGCCUAUGCGAGAUUUUGCUUUCAUCAAGCUACCCAAGAGUGGCAUGGGUACAAACUCGACGGGUGGUCCACUACGUAGCGUGGUCGCUAUGAGUAGUAGCAGUCCCCAAGUGAUGUUGGUCACUAGUGAUGGAGGAUUCUAUGUUUUCAGUAUCGAUAUGGAGAAUGGCGGUGAAGGUGUUUUAGUGAAGCAGUACUCUGUCCUCGAGGGUGACGACAAACUCGACCAAUCAGCUAUUGACUACACAAAUUAAGCGAUUCGCCGAAUGCCCGCUUUAUAUUUGGUCCUCUUCGUCCUGGCGUUCUGAUGGAGUUCUUGGGACAAUCUCAUCUUAAUUAUUCGCGGGGUUUUCAAGCAUCGCCAGGAGGCGUUUUUCCCACGGUUGUUGGCUGAGCAUUUUGACGGCCAGCCACGGGUGACCCCUCGAGCAUAGCAAAUUAGUAAUGGAUACCCUUUGUCGAGACACGGGC